CCGUAUGUUGUUACGAUAGACUUUCGUGUAAAAGUAUAAAAGUGUGGUUAAAAUUACUUGAAUGGUAUAAAAGUGUGGACACGAAAAUAUUCCAAGUUACAGAAGACAUCCCUAAAACGAAAAUUGGAUUAAUCUUGAUACCUUUCAUACCUUUAAUAGUCUAGUCAAUCUAGCCCGAAUAAUAGGCUAACCCCUAAAUAAUUACUAUGCGGAUGACAGAUAUAUCAAUCGACGCAGAAAAUUGUCCUGAAUAACAUUUAAAAAUGUCAAGGUCAAGGUCUAAAACGCCUAGACUAUAAUUGUAACUAUACAUAUCAGUGCUUGAUGUUAAACACGGCCAUUGCGGCCAUUUCUGAAAUGAGGAAAAUUGGCUCUUCAGGAAAAGCCGAUUUUCCAUUCGAGCAGACGAAAAAGUUCCGGAGCGACUUGAUUGCCACGGUUACUGAGGAAGAUUGGCUACUGCUAUAUGGGUCGAUGCAUCGUAAAAUUCUACUUGAUUUUACUAACCAGCCUAGAUACUUUAGUUUGGUAUGCUUGGCAUACCUACGCUAAACUAUCAUUAAAAUACGUGAUUUCUUUAUCCAAUAAACAAUCAACUUGUCCAAUAAAAGUUCCAUUUGUUGACCAGAAUUAGUAUAUUGAAAUCUGACAGCAAAAUUUCUACUGGUGAUGGAUUACAAGGUGGAAGAUAUCCAAGAAAAAGAGUGUGGCUGGUCACUAAGUAAAAUAAUAAAUUUAGCUGUGAAUAUUAAUAAGCACAUGCCAUUACGAGCUGGUGCGUUCACAUUCAUACAUACACUACCUAAGGAUAUUCACGAUAAGAAGACCGUAGUCAACAUCCGUAUCAGCGAGUCAUAUUGCUUUCAUGGUAGGUCACUGCAGCCCUCUUUCCAGCUAACACAAUCUCAGCGUAAUCACUUCGUAUCCGCAUUUCAGCUCAGGACCAAGGUAUGAUAGUUUGAAUUAUGAAAUAUUCAAUGUCUUUAGACGAAAUCCCAAAAUUUGAAAAAAUUAACGAACUUCCGAUUAAUAUUUACGGUAUAGAUCGUACUGAAAAAAGUACAGUGAAAUCAUACCCGUUUAUUUGAGCCGAAACAAGUCUGAUAAAUCUGUUAUUUAUCUUUUAGUGUUGGAGACUGAAAUUAUUGCGGAAGAUGAUGUAGAUGUAGAAGAUUACAUAAAGAAUGUAACAAAUCAUUUUGCAUGGAUUCGAAGUUUAUCGUGAUUAUUGAGUUCUUAAAUUUCUAACUACCGUUCUCGUUACUUGGUUAUGCGAUAGAUAUCUAACGCACUUUCGAUCUGAAAGAUAUUUGUCGGAGCACAUAGAUGAUUACAUGAAUUACAACAAAACCAAAGUUAUUUUACCAACAAAAGAGGACAAGAUUCUAGUAUAUAUCAUAUUUGUGAAAAAUCGUUCACGUUUGUAGAUGUCAAACGUAAUCACUGUCAUUUCACAGGAAAGUACCUCAUCUGCUCAUAAAGGCUAUAAUCUAAAUUGUCAAAACUCAGAUACUAUCCCUGAGAUAUUCCACAAUCUACCAGGUUACGAUUCACAUUUUCUGAUUACAACAUUGGCUACAUCUUUCGAGGAUACCAUUCGGCUGAUGCCCGGUAACAGAGAGCUUUGGCAUUACAAUAUCAAAAAUAGAACGAAGAUAAAGCGGAUUACGAAGACUCUGAGGAUUUAUCGGAGUAACAACUUAGCCAAAGCAUGUCCUCUGGCGCGUUACUUCAGACUGCUGAUUUCCCCGCUCUACGUUUGGAAGCGACAGAUUCUGUUGAUGGUGCUAUUGGCAAAGGCUUCACAGCUUCUGGUGAAAAAUGUGAAACAUUGUCUACGCCAUCAUUCGAAAGAUCCAAAGCUGUAUCGAUACCAUUCAAAGGGUCUGGAAGAGUCUCGUCAAGAUUUGAAGGUCCCACUACUGCCUCGCAAGGACUUGGAGGACCUGGAGGAGGCACACGUUUUCUUUUUGAGCUUGAACUUCAACAGAAACACUGAUGUCACAUUCUCGAUUCCCAACGCCUCUGAAUAUUAGCCUAAUUUUGUAUCACCUAUUCAAUUACGCGGGUUUAUAUAUUCUUCGCACAUACUUAAAACCUUUAUAUUUUCGUUUUAAGUCAUUCUUAUAUUUUACUUUAAACUUCCAUACGAAUUCCAUAUCUAUGUACAACAUAAAUACGAAUAAUGGCAGG